AUGGCUCCACAUUCAAAUAUUCCCUACAACCCCGCCGACCUUGGCGCAUCAAACACGCUGCUGCCAGAGGAUGUGUUUGGACAUGUCGAUCUUGCGACUUUGUCAGACAUCCACAAGUUCCUUCGCGAGAGCGAGAUGCAAGACGACAUUGAGCUCGCCGCAUGGGUCCAGGCAAACUACCUACACGGCCAAAUCGAAGAUCAUUCAACGGCGAUCAUUCGGACUGCCCAGGGAUUUGGCCAACUCGACAGAGCUUUUCGUCGGGUACGAUCUCUCACCAACAAAGCCCAAGAGAAGUGGCCAUUUUUCGACAGGAACUUCAAGCAAAUGUCAACGACAACAGUCCGCAACAAUGCCCGCGGGGAGGCCGCCCCAGGCGUCAAGUACUCCAUUGAAGCGAGCAAAGAGAUUUCGAUGACGGCAGCUGGACAGCAGCAUAUCUCUGUAUCUAAUGGAUUGGACACCCCCAAAGAUUCUCCAGUACCCCAACUCCAAGUGCCGUUUGGUACAGCAAGACCGAGCCGCUUUCAGGCACGUAAGAGUCAGUUUCCCGGUCCUGCGCGACGAUCUCGCCUUGCUUCAUCCGACUUGCCGCCAAAACCUACUCAACUACCUGAGCCGAACCAGAAGUCUCAACAACAGGAAGUCAUCACCCCGCAAGAGCUGCCAAAUCAGACCGAUAUCUCCUCCGAGCCAAGUGUUCAAGCAAUGAAGCAGCCUGAGGCCGUCCAGGCCGAGGCCACUCAGCCUGAUGCACCUCGAGUCGAAGCAACGCCUGGUGCGGACUCUGUGAUUGGAAAAGAGUCGCCCCUUUCAAGCCCUCCCAUUGGUUCUCAGUCACGUGAUAGCAGUGCCAUGCUCAGUCAAGAACAAGAAGCAGACACAGUUCGCGAUACUAGCCAUGGUAAGGUCCGUGGCCCAAAUGGACGCUAUCUACCCAGCAACGAAGUUUCGCCUGCGACCAAGAAAGUAGCAAAGCCGAAGAAGCCGAAGAAGGGUGGGCGCAAGCCAGGUCUCAAGCCUGCAAAAACAGAAGAGCCUCUUACAUCAAAAGCGGUUUCCGGAGAGUCUGCAGUCGAAGGGACCGAAGAAAACGUUUCCACAAACACACAGUCUUCUUCAUCCACGGCCUCUACUGAAGAACCUGAGGGAACUGGCGAGAUCGUUGUCCAAGGCACUGACACUGUCACGUCUCCUGACAUCAAGAACGAGGAGCAACAAGUGGAGACAGGAACAACAUCCGAUACAAGAGUCACCGCAGCAUAUCUUCUUGCAGCAGAGGCAGAUGCGGUUCCAUCAAAUCUGGAUCGACUACCCCCCAGUUCACGAAAGACUUACAAGCGGAAGAGUGAGCCGACUGCUCCUUCAAGUGCUCGUAAGCGCGGCAAGUUUGGCGGAAUUGUAGGUCGUCCCAGAAGGUCAGAUCAGCUCAAACUCUCCCAAGAAGAGCCGGUAGCAGAGACACAGCAAGAACCUCAGAUGCAAACGCGACGAAAGACUCGCCACUCUGCUGCAGCCAACAUGGGAAGUACUGGAGUUGCAACCAUCACACCCACACCCAAGGCGAAUAUGGAGUUGUCUGCUCAGGAAGAAGGCGUCGUGAUGAGUGGUGCUGAGGGAGACAUGCACGCAACUGCUGGUCAUGAGGAGCCUGAACCUGAUGCUAGCAAAGUCUCCGCACACUCAGCAGCUCCUUCGCCACCACCAAAUUCCGAAGUUGACAUCCUGGACGCGGCCCUGACGGCUACUUACUCUCUCGCUCCCUCACAAUCAGUCACCUCCAGUGCGUCACUUGCUACUCCUGACCCUGCCGUAGCCGACGGAAAGGAGGCCGCAUACCUACCGGGCCAUGUGGAGCUGAUUGCACGCAUAACAACUGCUAACGGCAAGAUGGAGGUACCCAUUUUGGAGGACCAGGUCAAUACCGACGAAGUGAAGAUGAUCAGGAAGUAUGCAGAAUGGAAUGCAGCGGAAUCGGCAGUGCCAGUCCCGUAUGCUCAGUUCAGAAAGAUCUUCUCUUUUGUAAAGGAUUCUUGA